AAUCCAAAACACAGGAGUUACUGCUUAUAUCAAAUAUAAUCCCAGCUAAACGCCAUCUUGCCGUCUGCUUCCUCAAGCCAGAGGCUUUGCGGACCAGGUUUUUAUUCGAGACUUUUCGAUCAUGGCAGCAACUGCCGAACAGCUUCUGGGUGUAGCCGUAGUCACUGGUGCUGGCGGUACAGGCAUCGGUGCCGCUGUGGCCAAAGGCUUCGCUCGUUCAGGAUGUACAAGCAUUGCUAUCACGGACAUCAAUUUGCAUAGCCUUGCCCAGACCAAAGGUGCUAUCCUUGCUAUCAACCCGGACAUCAGAGUGUUUGAUAAGAUUGGGGACAUAUCCAAUGAGAGUUUCGUUGAUUCGUUCAUCGAUGGAGUCUUCGCGGAAUUUUCAAGGCUCGACUACGCAGUGAAUUGUGCAGGAAUAUUAGGGGCCAACAUGAUCAAGGCGGUGGACAUGACGACCGAUGCGUUUGAUCGACUGAACAACAUCAAUUACAGAGGAUCAUGGCUCAGUUGUCGAGCCCAACUCAGGAACAUGUUGAAACAAGAACCGCUUUCAGAGUCACCGAAGCAAAGAGGAGCUAUCGUUAACAUUGCGAGUCAACUUGGAGUUGUCGCAAGACCAGGCGCAGCGGCGUAUUGCGCCUCAAAAGCUGCUAUCAUCAACAUGACCCGAGCAAACGCUAUUGAUUAUUCCGAUGUUCAGAUUAGAGUGAACUGCGUUUGUCCCGGUGUCAUUGAGACCCCCAUGACUAUGUCUUCCAAAGAGAUGGUAGAAGCGUUGAAACCUGCCAUCGAUAUCGCUCCCAUGAGAAGGAUGGGAACUCCAGACGAAGUUGCAGAUGCAGUCUUGUUUUUGUGUUCCCCUCGGGCUUCAUUUAUUCAAGGACACGCGCUCGUCGUAGAUGGCGGGUAUACCAUCAAUUAGAUCAAACAUCGAAUAAUGUGAGAAAUAGUCAGGCUUGAAGACAAAAAGAGCACAUAUAGUCACUAAAGCAAUUUUGUCUCUGCUCAACAAAGCUGUCUUAACAAGGGUAAUUAAUUUUAGCAUUUACUUGUUUGAUUCGGCAUUAUGGUAAUAUCAAAAAGUCAC